AUGGCCUGCCAAAAGCUUAUAUCAACUUAUAGGAAAUAAACCCCUUUUUCAUUCAUACCCCCAACUAUAUAUAUCAAUACAACCAAAUCUUCAUUCCUUAUUAGAUACCCAUUUCCUUCCCCAAAUUGCUCUCUUCUUCUUCAUUUCUCUUGAGUUUAAUACCCAUAAUUUUGUUCUUAAGUUUUUAGUUGUUCAUAGCAAUGGGGCUUAAAGAUAUUGGAGCCUCCCUUCCUCCUGGGUUUAGAUUCUACCCAAGUGAUGAAGAAUUGGUUUGUCAUUAUCUUUACAAAAAGAUUAUGAAUGAACAAGUUCUUAAGGGCACUCUUGUGGAGAUUGAUUUGCAUACUUGUGAGCCAUGGCAGCUUCCUGAGGUGGCGAAGCUAAAUAGCAACGAGUGGUACUUCUUCAGCUUUCGAGAUCGAAAAUACGCGACGGGAUAUCGAACCAAUCGUGCGACGACAUGUGGAUAUUGGAAAGCAACUGGGAAAGAUCGAACGGUGGUGGAUUCGUCAACGGGGGAGAUCGUAGGGAUGAAAAAGACUUUGGUGUUUUAUAGAAACCGAGCUCCAAAUGGGAUUAAAACGGGAUGGAUUAUGCAUGAAUUUCGUCUAGAGGCCCCUCAUAGGCUCCCAAAGGAGGAUUGGGUUUUGUGUAGAGUGUUUCAAAAGGGGAAGCAAGAAGACUACAACAACAAACUCAACCAGCAUUUCACAUUCGGAAACUUCGAGCACGUUCCUUCUGUACUCGUCCAAGCUCCAUCUCCCCCCCCAAGUGAUCCGAGCAAGACCGUGAUGCCUUCUAGCUACAAUGUCGAUAUCGAUAUCGCUUCGUUAUCGUCUUCGAUAGCUCCCGAACAGAUUAGCCAUAGCCACACAGGCAGCUGUUCUUUUCUCCAUCUCCUUCAGCAGCUUCCUCAAGAGAAACAAGACAAUAAUCCCAAAACUGAUCAACUUUUCUGCCCCAAAACUAAUGAAUCAGAUUAUGGGGUUAUGUGGGAAAUGGAUUUGGAAGAACAUACCUUUCGAGAUGGCGUCGUAUCGAACUUGGAUCAGAUGGAAUUCGACGUCGAUAGCAGCCAGGUUUUCCUCUGAACGUGUGAUGAUAUCUGCUACGCUGCGCUGUUGAUAUAUAGCUUGUAUAUUAAUGUAUGGUGCAUUUGGACAUAGGAGAGUAUUGGGGCAUUGUUGCUUUGGACACACUUAGAUUUCAUUCUUUCUUUUAAAUCUUUGGUCUUGUUGUAAAGAACAUUAGUCAAAGCUGUAAUGAUAUCAGUUAGGCGCAUUAAUGUGGAUGUAAUAAACUUGUGAUUUUUGAUACCACAAUAUAGAGUUCAUGUGAUGACGAAGC